GGAAAUAAAGGUCAACUUGCAAAAUGGCGACGGUAAACUACGAGUCGCAGUUUCACGCAGCGGUGAGCGUGAUCAAGAGCCUACCGAAAAAUGGGCCGUUCCAGCCGUCGUACGAGAUGAUGAAGAAGUUCUAUGGUCUUUACAAACAAGCCACAGAAGGGCAGUGUACAAAGCCUAAACCAGCAUUCUGGGAUAUUAUAGGACGACAGAAGUGGGAUGCUUGGUCCAACCUGGGAGAUAUGUCAAAACAAGAGGCAAUGUCCUGCUAUGUAAAUGAGCUAAAAAAGACUUUGAAAAAGUACAAUGAUCCUGACAAAAUAAACAAGAUGUUAGAAAAAUUUCCAGAAUCUGGAAAAAUGAUGGAGAUGAUGCAUGUUUAUCAGUCUGAUCCACGGCCAGAAAAAAUCAAAGAGAUUGUUGAGGCUAUGCCACACACGCCGGAAGUCGCCUUAUUCGUGAAAAACCUGGGACCCUUUUUUGAGGCCAUUACAGACAAUGGCCCAAUGGAAUUGAAUGCAAAUGAAAAGCCAUUACUUCCUAACGGCAAUGCGACGAUAGGAAACAGCGAAAGUUCAGAAAAUGAGACGCAUCCAUUUGAUGUAUCCCUGUCAAUGCUGGAAACGACCGGUCAAGAAAAUGGAACUCACAAGUUUGACCUUGAAGGGACGGAGGAAGAAUCGCUAACUGAGGAGGAAGAAGACGAAGAUGAUGACGUGGAAGAAGAAGAUGAAGAGGAGGUAAGAUCUGAAGAAGAAGAGUUAGAAAAUGGCGAGAUGAAAGAAGAUUCUAUGAAUGAUGGGAGAGAUGAUGGGAGAGAUGGGGGGAAUAGUGGAAUUGAUGAGAAUGGUGGUGAAGAGGUUGCGUUAAAUGAAGAUUUACAUAUUGUUGACAACAAAGCAUACGUGAUGGAGGUCAAACCCAUAGAUAAAUCAGCUGUGUCAGUUAAAAAAGAGAAAAAAGACUCUGAGAGUGACGAAGAUGGUUUUGUCCGUGUAAAUGGUGAAUACAUGAAUGGGGGUUCGUCACCAAAACUGACUGUAGCCGAACCCACGUUCCCGCAUGCACUCACAAGUGAUACAGACAGUGGCGAUGAGAUAUUCUGUGAUUCAGUGGAGAAACAAUACAUCGAAGAUGAGGAGAUACCUAAACUUAUACCGUCUCCAGACAUGCACGAUGUGGUUACUUCAACACCAAAUAAAUCUAGUUUUACCGUACAGGCAGAAGUCUAUGACAAGCCGUCUGUCAGGUUUAGAAAGCCGGAGAUUUCUCACAUCAUGGAUGGUAGAGACUCUGUGGUUAGACAUGGAGGAGGGGGAGGCGGUGGCGGUGAUGAGAGAGGUGGUAGUCAUGGUAACAAUGAAUCACAUAGUAGAGAAAGUCAGGGAGGGAUGAGAGGCGGACACAGAGGGUCUCCUCACAGAACACCGUUGUCGGGGAAACCAUCCAGAGGUACAGGAGCAACCGGAGGCAGUGGUGGGCGUGGAAACAGACAGAACUCACCUCCGAAGGGUGACGUUAAUGAACAAAUAGCUGUGGCCUUAGAAAGAUUACAACAAGACAUGAACAGUGUCUUAAUUAGAUUAAAUACUUUAGAAACUUUAUCACUCAGACAACAGACUGAGACUCAGCAAGGGGGAAUGUGGGCAGGAGCACGUUAUCCCACUUCUCAGGAGCAGACACCGUCGUCAUGGUGGCCGUUGAGUGGCAUGUCAGGAAAAACUGUAUUUUUCAUUAUUGUAUGGCCCUUUAUUUGCAACUGGGUCAUUAAGUAUUUAGCACGGAGGCGGCAAGGUCGUCGGCUCUAG